AUGUUAGUUGUUCUGCUGCGCAACCAGUCAGCAGCAGUUGGGGAAAACACACAUGAGUUUGAGUCUCAUUGGGAGCUAUGGCCUGAUAGUUCAACAAGCUCUACCCCUUGUUCUUCAUCGUCAUUAAUUGGUAGCAGCAAUCGACCUGAACAAGAUUUUGAAAAAUUGACACAAGAUGAUCCUGCUGAUGAUUUCUUCAAAGAUAUGGUGCCUCAAAUCAGAAAACCAAAAAAGAUUUAUCUGAAGCAAGAACUGAGAGAAUCAGAAGGUUCCCAAAUGUGUUCAAACCGUCUGGCGUUAGAUCCAAAAGCAGUUAUGACUGGGCCAGAGUUGGGAAUCAUAGAAGAUAAUCCUUCAAACUGGGAAGAUGACGAAACUCUAAAUGAAUCUUGGGAUCCUGAUGCUUUGAUUAGGGAGACAAAGCGAGCUGAACGUGAGAAACGUUUAGCUGAACAUCAGCGUAGGAAAUUAGAAAAAGAAAGUCGUCGAUCUUCUAAGCAAGAUACAUCUGCCAACUCAUUAUUAAUGAGCUUAUCUGAUUCAAAAGAUAAAGCUAAGUCAUCGUGAUAUUCUAGUAAUGUAUACAAGUAGGUACAUUUUAGAUUUUUUUUACAUAGAGCAAAUAUUUUCCUACUACUUAAGAAAAACUAUUUGUGAUGUAAUGAGACAAUGGUGUUAACAUUAUUGAUGCAUGUAAUAUUUUCUACAUAUUUUGUUCAACUUCAGCUAAUAACUGUCACUGAAAGUUGGUUUUUAUUAGCACAACUGUUUUCUGUUGAAUUUUACAAGCAUGUAAAAAGAACCGGCAUUUUGUGUAGUAUUUUCA